ACUUUAGCUUCAAUCGAGAAUUUACGCGAAGAAAGACUUAAAAAUAGACAAAACUUUCUGAAAGAACUCAAUUGGGAUAACUAUGAGAGGAUUAGAGUUGUCGGCAAAGGGGCUUUCGGGACGGCUGUACUGUACAGGAAAAGACCCGACGGUUUGUUAGUAGUGCUCAAAGAGAUUAAUAUGAAUGACUUGAAUGCAGCCGAAAGGCAAUUAGCCAUCAAUGAAGUGCGAGUGUUAUCAAUAUUAGACAAUCAAAAUAUUGUCAGCUAUUAUGAUAGCUUUGAAAGCAAUGGCAACAUAUAUAUCGAGAUGGAAUACGCGGACGCCGGAACUCUAGCC